AUGAGAGCCCUGUUUUGUGAGGAGGCGCCAGGAGGAGGUGGAAGUGAUAGUGAUAGUGAUAGUGAGCAGGAGGAGUGCGAGAAACGGUUGCCGGAAAAUGCAACGUUUCGCUGUGUUCCGCAAGAAGAGACUCUUCUAGUAACAUUUUGGGAAAGGUGGAUUUGGCUGGAGGCUUCGGGUGGUCAUGGCUUUUUCCGUGGGUACUGGAAAUUUACAGUUGUUGAUUUUGAUCAUUUGCUGUUAUCAGGGAAGACAAGCGAAAGUUCAGGAUCUUGGUUAAUUCUUGAUACCCAUCCUGACCCGCUUGGGAAUCAGGAUGCACCAUUAAUAUUGGAUGUUGAAAAUGUUGGCAAAAGCACUGAAAUACCUACCAUGAUUGGAGGAAUAGAAAAAGAUGUCCAAGAAAACUUGCCAGACCCUCGAGUUUGCGAGCUUCUUUCGAAAAGUCAAAUUGGGGUUGGUUUCGAGUUCUCUGCAGGAGAUGAGAAGUUACAUGUUUCUAGAAGAGAAUUGAAGCGUCGCAGAAAACUUGAAACAGAGCGGACAAAAGGAAAUAAUUGGUUUGAUCUUCCGGCUACGGAAAUGACUGAUGAAAGAAAACGUGAUUUGGAAUUGAUUCAGAUGAGAAACACUUUAGACAACAAAGUACACUAUAAAAGGAACGAUCGGUCUGUGCUUCCGAAGUAUUUCCAGGUGGGUACCGUGAUUGAAAACAAGGCAGAUUUUUAUUCAUCAAGAAUAGUAAAUAAAGAGCGUAAAAGAACCAUAGUUGAAGAACUCAUGGCAGAUGCUGAUUUCCAAACAAGGCAAAGGAAGAAAUUCGAUGAGAUCAGAGCUAGAGAGGCUGUUUCUAGAAAGGGAGCAUUCCAGCACCGUACGUUUCCAAAAAAAAGAAGGCGAACUAAUCUUCAUCACUAA